GUUCUAUGUCAGCUUGGAUGCCUGGCUUCACUGUGUGUGGGUUUAAACAACAGGCAUUAACCAAUGGAUAGCAUAAAUUCAGAGGAAAUAUCAUUAACCAUCCAGCAGAUUAAGGAAGGCCCAAAAGCAAAACUUCGAGAGCUUUGUAAAAAAUAUGGGCUCCCAAUUUCAGGAACAAGAGUGUACUUUCAGAGAGUUCUCUGCCAAAGGCUUGGAAUCGAUCCAAAAUCUGUCAUUGUCCAAAAACCCACUUCACGCUCAAACAGCCACGGAGACUGUUGCAGUGUUGCCGGAUGCCGAAGCCGCCGGGGUAAGGACACUCACAUUCGAUGGUUCACUGUCAUCAGAAAGAAAGGAAGUCAUACUGCAGCCAUUACCAAAGCAAUCCAGCUUACCAGAAAGGGCUGGACGCCAACAAUGUAUUCUCGGAUUUGUGGGCAACAUUUCAGUUGUGGCCAGCUGUCUUUUGAGCCAAGUUCUCCUGACUACAUUCCACAUUUACACAUGGACCCCACAGCUAAAGCCACAACAUCAUAUCCCGCCUUCUGGUCCAAAGAAAGUUCAGAGGAAGCCAUGGACUUGACCAACAAGGGUUCCAUUAAAUCUAUUCAUGUGGCGGGUCCAUCUCAUCUCGAUUAUACCAACCAAUAUUACGGAAUGCAUUCUUCAGGAAGAUCAUUAUUUCAAUCAACUCCAGAGCGUCCUUGUAUAUCUGUUGCACAGGAUACAAGAACCAAGGUGACUACUGAGGAUCAUGUGCUCCUGGAUGAAGAGUUUCUUAGUAAUUCAGCUUGUCGUUCUCCUGGCACUUGGGAAGAAGAUGGAGAUGCUAAUGAGGAAGAGAUGGAUACCAAGGGUGAUUGGUCGCAGGUUCUGUCCAGAGAACCACCUUCUGAGGCACUGGACUUCAGCACAACCAAUAGAGCUAAAGCUGAGCGAAGACUUGAGUUGUCUACUACAGUGAACGAAAGCAGCUUUGGCCAGAGAGACUCAUUUGGAAGACAAAGUGAUGUUUUUAACAAUAAAGAGCAAGCUUUGUUACACAGAGGACAUAUGUUGUCGGUUGAAGAUACAAGUGAUUACAUGAGUUCAGGUGAACUUGUUGCUGUGCCUUUAGAGGAAGAUAACGAUGAAGUUGAUUUUCAUCCAGUGAUGAGUCCACAUAUUCAAGUCUCUCAGAGUAACCAAACUCGUGAAGAGGAAAAUGGAGUUGAACAGACUACAUUUAAGGAAGCUGAGGAAAAGAGGAGAAAGUCUAAACUUGAUGAGCUAACGUGUAGAAAGCAAUCUAUAGGAAGCAAAUCUGAUGAAUGUGAAUCAGAUGGUGCUAACAACUUUGAGAAAGGGUUUUUAUUAAAAAAUAAUGAUUGCACCGAGGGCUUUGACUGUGGGAAUGGGAACAGGGAUGUUCAUAAAACAAUUUUAUCUAACAGGAAUGAAGAUAGUUCCAUCUUGCAUAAUACACAGAUAUUUAAUAUUGCUGAAAAUGGAAAUGAUAUUUUGAGAACAAGUGGAAACCCUGCUCUGAGUGAAGAGGAAAUAUCUGCAACGCUGGCACGUAAAGCAGUGACUCUGAAAGAAUCUCUGGGGUUUCCUGUGAAAAGGCUAGAAAAGGAUUUUGUCCCAGAAAGCAGGCUAGCAAUUAGUGAUGGUUUUCAGACACUGGUUGAUCCUUUGCCAAGGCGAAUAUUGGAAGAACAAAUUGACUCUCCAAGAGCUGAAGCUCCGGACAAGGGAAUAAUCGAAAAAAAUCGGAAAGCAGUUGAACAUGAAGAUAUAUUUCCAGAUGAAGAAACUCACGAUAUCGAUGAUCUUGAAUCGGAAGCAACUAUAACAGCAGUUAGAGCAUCCUCUGUGGAAAUUUCCUCAAAUUUGCAUCGACAUAACGAAUCCUCAAAAAACACAAGGGUGGAUUUUAUGUCGGGUAUGAAAAUAAAAGAUGAACCUUUGGAUGAAGGAUACGAGAAGGCGUUGGUAUCACAAACAAGUGUAAGAAUUAAGGACGAGCCUGAUUCAUUACAGGUAUAUGGCCAGCAUUCCAAGCCUCAGGAGACUGAUCUCCAAAUCAGUGCUGUGUUCUCAGUGAGUGGCAGAAAUCUUGUAUCCCAAAUGGCGCAACAAAAUUCAUCAAGUUCUCCCCUCACGGCUAAGUCGCCUGUAAGUGGCAGUGUACAGCCAACUUCAAGUCCUGCUAUGAGUGUACGUGUCACUUGUUCGGGUUGUAAGAAAAUUCUACAAAAAGGACAGACUGCCUAUCAGAGGAAAGGUUCAACCCAGCUCUUCUGUUCUACUCUCUGCCUUACUGGAUUCUCAGCAUCAAUUUCAAGACCUCUCCCUCCUGCAAAAAAAUACUGCUAUCUCUGCAGCAAAGAAAUCACAAACCCAAAGGACCUAGUAAUGGGUCAAAUUGACGGUAGGGGUCCAUACAAGGAAUUCUGUAACCAUAAGUGCUUAAUUGAGAUGAAGAGGAAGCCUGCCUCAGCCACUAGUAAUAUCACCACCAAGUGCAGCAUUUGUCAGAAAUUGUCUGUUGUCCGCCAUGAAGUGAACUACCAGAACGUUGUACAUAAACUUUGUAGUGAUAUAUGUUUCUCCAAGUUUCGUAUGGCAAACAAUCUCACGAUGAAUUGUUGUGAUAACUGUGGAGCUUAUUGUUACAGUGGGUCAACACAAUGCCACAUGCUUCAGACUGAAGGGCAGUGUAAGAAGUUCUGUGGUUCUGCUUGUUUGUCUGCAUUUAAACAGAAAUAUUCAAAGAUUACUCCAUGCACUUGGUGCAAAUCUCUGAGGGCAUCUACUGAAAUGGUUGAAAACAUAAACUCUUUUGGAAAAACUGAACAUUUUUGCUCAGUUAACUGCCUUUCAGCCUAUCGAGUACAAAUGGUAACCACACAAGGUACCAGUGUCCAGUGCAACUACUGUAAAAUGACAGUGACACCUCAAUACCACCUUGCUAUGUCUGAUGGUAGUAUUCGGAACUUCUGCAGUUAUAAUUGUGUGGCUUCUUUUCAGGCAUUAUUCAGCCAGGCUGCUCCAGGCUCUCAAACUGUUGUACCCUUGUCGCAGGGUCAGGUAACCAUAAACAUUCCAUCCACCACUUCAGUGGUGUCUGGUGCUCCUGUGGUUUCUUCUUCCUCUGUCACCACAUCUGCAGCAGCGGGUUUACAAAGGCUUGCUCAGUCUCUGCAGGUGACAGUAGGUCGGACAUUUGUCAGGUUAAAAUGUCAUUAUUGCCAGCGGUUGUUCUUCUCUAAGCCUGAGCUGCUUGAAUACAAGGGUAAAAUGGUUCAAUUCUGUGGAAAAUCUUGCUGUGAUGAAUAUAAGCGGAUCAACUCUGUGGUUGCAAUCUGUGAAUACUGUCGGUCAGAGAAGAUUGUAAAGGAAACUGUAAAGAUUUCAAAUGUUGACAAGCCAUUUUGUAGUGAAGGUUGCAAGCUUCUUUAUAAACAUGAAUUGGUAAAACGUUGGGGACUUCAUUGCAAAUCUUGUAGUUCCUGUUCACAGUCUUCAAAACGCCUGAUCAAUCAGCAGUUUGGAGUCAAAAUAGAGGAGUUCUGCAGUGAAGAAUGUUUGUCCAAAUUUACUGUUUUGUUUUAUCAGAUGGCUAAGUGUGAUUGCUGCAAACGUCAAGGUAAACUAAAUGAAUCUAUUAAAUGGCACGGGCAAACCAAACAUUUCUGUAACCUUCGUUGUGUUCUCAUGUUCUGCAAUCAACUUCACCUAGCUGAAGCAUCACUUCCGGAUGGAAAAGUAACUGUACCAAAUGUUCCCAGCAGUCAGAGGAAGGAGCCAACUCCUGUUAAAGCAAAUGUGCUAUCGUUGGCAAACACUCCGCCUGUACAGAAUACUACCAGUUCAACAGCAACUUUAAAUGUAACGGUACCAAAUGUUCCCAGCAAUCAGAGGAAAGAACCAACUCCUGUUAUAGCAAAUGUGCUAUCGUUGGCAAACACUCCGCCUAUACAGAAUACUACCAGUUCAACAGCAACUUUAAAUGUAACGGUACCAAAUGUUCCCAGCAGUCAGAGAAAAGAGCCAACUCCUGUUAUAGCAAAUGUGAUAUCAUUGGCAAGCUCUCCACCUGUACAGAAUACUGCCAGUUCAACAACAACUUUAAAUGCAGGUGGGACUUGUACUAAUUCAGGAACUAAGGUUACUGGAGAGAUAGCCACGCAGACGGAAGCUCUUCGAAUACGACCUUCUGCUCCACCCAAGGUUCUCAAGAAUAAAGCACUGCUGUGCAAACCUAUCACACAGACCAAAGCGACUUCUUGUAAACCACUUACUCAGACCAAGGCUUGUCAGACAGAUGAGGAUUGGAAGACACAAGUGGUCAUAUUGCCCAUUCCUGUCCCGGUCUAUAUACCCUUACCUCUACAUCUUUACACACAGUUUGCACCAUUACCACUUGGGAUGCCUGUGCCUCUGCCAGUUCCAAUGUUCAUUCCAACAACCCUGGACAGUGCAGACAGAAUAAUUGAGACAAUCCAGGAAAUAAAGGAGAAGAUUCCCUCAAAUCCCUUUGAAGCAGAUCUUCUAACAAUGGCUGCUAUGAUUGCAGAAGAAGAGGAAAAAGAGAAAACAGUUUCACAUGGUGAUCAGGGUAGCACAUACAGUGGAGAUCUUGAAUCAGAGGCAGUGUCUACACCCCACAGCUGGGAGGAUGAACUAAGCAACUUUACUUUGAAACAAUCUCUUAUAUCUGCAUCUCUACCUCCACCACCAGCUGAGUCACAAGUGCAAUCACCUCCAACUGAAGAGCUCGAGGACGACCUGGAAGCUGACAUAACAAUUGCUAGCUUUGAAUCAUCACGUCGAGACCAAAUGGCGUCAGCACGGCAAAAUAGGGCAAGGCAACGUGCAAAGAACAAAGAUAGCUUUGUGCAACCAAGGAAACGGGGAAGGAAGAAAUCUAUUGUUGGGUACACCCGAGAUGUUGCUAAGGAACCUGUAACUGGAGUGAAUGAUGUGGGUCUAUUUUUGAAGUACAUGUACGGUGUGAAAGCUUGGAAAAGAUGGGUACAGUUUCGGAACGAGAAAGGAGAACCCACAGAGGAGCUACGAUUUGGCUCUCGACCAGUGAAAUUAAAGGAGGAUAUUUUGUCAUGUACUGCUGCUGAGCUCAGUUUUGGACUAUGUCAAUUCAUUCAAGAAGUAAGAAGGCCAAAUGGAGAAAAGUAUGAGCCCGAUAGUAUUUUCUACCUUUGCCUAGGGAUUCAACAGUACAUAUUUGAAAACAGCAGGAUUGAUAACAUCUUCACAGAUCUUUACUAUUCAAAAUUCACAUCAGAGCUUACAAAGGCUCUGAAAUGCUGGCAACCACCGCUUCUCCCAAGUGGCCAGUUAUUUUGCCGGGUUGAAGAGGAACAUCUAUGGGAAUGUAAACAACUUGGAGCAUAUUCUCCAACAGUUCUUCUCAACACGCUGCUGUUUUUCAAUACCAAAUACUUUCAGUUGAAAAGUGUCAGUGAACAUAUGAAACUUUCGUUUGCUCAUGUAAUGAGGUGUACAAAGUCUUCGAAGCGGACCUAUCUUCGAUUCUUUCCACCAAUGUAUAAAAAGGACAAAGAUAUAGAUAAGCUACAUUUACUAUUUGGAAAGAGGAAGCGUACUGAUGAGGAGGAUGAAGGUGCAAUGGAAAUGGCUGAAAACACAGAUAAUCCACUCAGAUGUCCAGUGCGUCUCUUUGAAUUUUACCUGUCCAAGUGUUCUGAGAGUGUGAAACUAAGAAGUGACAUUUUCUACCUUCAGCCUGAGCGCUCAUGUGUGCCUGACAGUCCAAUGUGGUACUCAACCUUACCUACUGACCCUGCCAUCCUAGAUGCCAUGUUAACUCGUAUUCUGAUGGUGCGGGAGGUACACGAAGAGCUUUCAAAGGUCACUCAUGAAGAUGCAGAAGUGGAAGAUGCAUCUGAAUAAACUAGAUUUCUAUCUGUUUUUAAGCACUGAAUUUUUGAAUGCAUGUACCUAUGAAGAGUAACAGACUGCUAGGAGUAGAGUGAACUCCUUUUCUGGGUUGAUUUAAGGGACAGGGAAGGGCGGGUUGAUGAACACACUGGUCAAAAAAAUCUUAUGUUGAUAAUUACAUUGACAGGAAAUCUUGGUGCUUUAAAAUAAUUACAGUUUAAAAGAUUUUUCUUGAAAUGGACAAGUGAUGUGGAUCUGUUUUUACCCCAAGCAUUUAAACUGGAUUUUCAUUGUGUAAACAUAUGUGUUUUUUUAAUUUUAAAAACAAUGUGUGACCUUCAUUUUUAAGAAGAGCAGAAAAAGAGUUGAAGAUAGGGUGUGGGGAAGGGAGCAGAAAGUAUGCCAAGAAGUAUUUAAAUGACAAUAAUAAAGUUUGAAGGACAUAUUUUGAAUGAAUCUUUUAGUGAGACAGCAUUUCGACCAUUUAAAUGUUAACACCUCUGUUUGAAAACACUUUAGUUUCUAGACUGUUGUUAACCACAGAACUACUUUUCUUUGGGGGGAAAAAUAACAUUGAAUUGCAUCUACUAACCCCUUGUUAAAAUGUCCUGUGCUCACAUUUUAUUUAGAAAAAGAUGUGUGUGCUGUAAGUUUAGAUGUAGAUGUGCACAUGAGUAUAACUUUGUAUAUUUUGAAGGUAAUGGGGCAGCUAAAAAGAUAUUGUUAUAAGUUUAGGUUCUUGCUGAUGUUUUUGUACAUACAUUUUAAUUACAUUUAUAUCUUUACUGUGUAUAAAAUAAGUGCUUAUGUGAAGCCUGAUCAGUCUUUACAUACUGCAGAGUCAUUACGUUUGUAGAAAAGCCCAAUGUACUCCCUGUUAUAUAAUACAGUUUGCAUUGUAGUAAACAGGCGUUUGUGUGACAGUACCUUUUACCUCUUCAUUAACCGAGAAACACACUGUUCCCCAGUAACAUAAACAAUGGGAAACUUGAAAAUAGUUAAUACACUAGAUACUGUUUUGAGUUUGGUUUCAACAAAGACCUUUUGUACAUGGAAAUUGCUGAACUUUAGACACAUUGAAUUCUUUUUUUGUUGUUCUUAAGGGAAGGACUGGGUUAUAAUGCACUUUCUUUCUGCUUCAUUCUGUAUAUUUAAACAUGUAUGUUUUACAUACCACUCGCCAGCUCAAGCAUUCAGCAGGUAAUGUGCUUGCUGCUGGACUGGAAGCUAUAGUUAGAAGAUUGACAACCGCAACGGAGAGGGACACUGAUUGCAUUUCUGUAAUUUUCUUUCACAGUACUUAUAGCUGUCCUCUGCUAGGUAAAUUCAGACACGGUCUCAUAACUGAUCCAUAUUCACAGGACCUUCAGUUGGAGGGUUAAUGCUGCAGUAAGAAGCCCCAGCUGGUGAUUUCUUGGCCCUUCUGAAAACAAUGAUGGGAACAUAGAAAUUCAUUGAAUUGGAAGCCAUUCGUCAAUUAGAUGUCUCCUUUCACUCCUUGAGAGAGUUUUGGCAAAUAUGAUUUUAAUUGUCAUUUAAAAAAUUUCUGACGAGUUUAAAUUUGCCAGUGUUCAACAGGUUAGGAAUGGUCAUUGAAACAUAGUUUAAUUCCUGAGUGAAUUGACUGCUAAUAGAAAGAUUUUACACAUUGGCACCCUUAGCACAUGCCAGCAGUACUUACCUGAAAAUAGUGCUUCCCCAUGACUUUUCAUCCCUAAGCAGUAAUGGAGAAAUCUCUCGCACACUGCAUAGCUUUCCCUCUGUAUUUACCUGUUACCAGUGCAUUUUUUAAAAAGUUUUGUUGACUAAAUUUUUCAGUGGAAAGCUAAUGCUGGGAAACUGAAGAACUUGCCAUCUUUCUGCAACUUGUGUCAAUGUUAACCUAUACCCAGUUCAGGUAAAGCAAAGGUUAAGAUGCAGAUUGAAACUCCACCAACCCAACAAUGUGCCUUAACCAAUGUCUGGAUGAGUAUCCCUGUUGCACAAUGUAGAUAUUCCAUGUUACAUCAUGAAGUGACAUAAUUAAUGUGGUGUCAAUUUGUGUCGAAUUCUGAGCAAUAUUGUGUUGUCUUGCUCUGGUUGUGACUACCUGAAUUUAGUUAUGUCAGGUCCUUAUAACCAGCACGCAAGAAGAAGCAUUCAUACUGUUGAAGUGGGGGUGGGGUCAAAGCCAGAUCCCAGAAGAAAGGGUUGCCUCCAACCUAUUGUAUCACCUCAACCAACUGCAAGUGCUUUCCUCAAAAAUUCCUGCAUCUCCGCAGAUCAUGUAAAUCAGAGGGCAGGGGACAAAACACAUUUAUGUUUGAUUAAAAUGGAGGAGGAGAACUCGAUGGGGUUUGGAGGAGGUUUGGAAAGCACUUAGCUUAGUUUCCAGAGUUGGUACAUUUUGCAAAUAUAUCAGCAACACCUGAAUGCUAUCACUAGGAAAUGAAUGAUGUCAUCAUAAAAUGAUCAGGUUUUAACUAAAAUUGGAGCAAAAAAUAAACUGGAAUUCAGCGGGUCGAGAACCAGUUGUUGGGGGGCGGGGGGGGAAGAGUGUAGUCAAUGUUUCAGAUUGAGACCCUGGUUCAGGGUUUUGAGCUACAGCAUUGGACAUUUCUUCUUCCACAGAUACUACUCAACCCGCUGAGUUCCCCCAGCAGUUUGUUUUCUUGGUCCAGAUUACAGCAUUUACAGUCUCUUGUGUCUUCAUUUAAAUAAAACUGAAUGUGUUGCAAAAUGCUAAUAUUUGUUCAAAAUAGAACCUACCGUUCUUUACUAAUCAUUGAAGAAUAUAAAACCUUUUAAUGGGCUAAAGUAACUGUUAUUUUAUAAUACAUUUUUCCAUAUUUCAACUGAAAUAUUACAGUGAUACAAGUACAUUUUAAAGUUAUUGUCAACUUUUUUUGAGGGGGGUGGAUGGGGAAGUUUUCAAGCAGAUUAAAAUUUGUGGAACAAUCAGGAAUGAUAUUCUGAAAUCCCAUUUGAAAUCUGUAUCCUUUCUGCCAGGAUCAUGGUGCUGCAGGACUUUUUCUUUUGCACAGUAAUAUCCUUUUUAAAAAUUUUUUUGAAAGUUGACUGACUAUGAUCAUGUUGUAGAUCAUACCUUUGUUUGUAACACUUCUAUCCGUACACCCGGUAUAAAGUGCAAGGCAUUGUACCAAACAACUAUGCCCCUUCAAUAAAAUAUUUAUCAGUAAGAACUACAGAAUUCAGCUGCUGUCAUUAAUGAGCCUUUUUAAAGUUUUUAGUCAAACCUUAAUUCAACAUGGUAAAUGAACAAAAGUAAGUGAAUAUUUAUGUUAUCUGAAUAAAACUUUUUUU